UAAUGGUUCAGAUGAAGAAGGAGAAGAACUCGAUGAAGCUGCUCCGACGAAUGGACUCGGGUUCCGGUAGAACAGGCCGGAAGGUUGUUAUGAUGAAAGCGAGUAAUGGUCGUCGGAAAAAAUUACAAAUUCGAGGGUUAAAGUUGAAGAAUACUUGUCAAAGUACAUGUGUCGGUGUCUCUAGUCAUGGUGCUGUGAAGAAGAGAGAGCUACGACGAGAGGAAGAAGAAGAAACGGAGAUGGCUUUGUCGUUGUCGUUAUCGAUAUCUUCUGCUUCUGAUCAUUCGUCGGAAAACUACGACUUUUCAACAGGGUUCGACGAGAAGAGUUGUGGGAAUGACGAGGAGAAGGAGAGUUUCACGUGCGUGUCACAUGGGAUGGUGUCUGUGAUAGGGAGGAGAAGAGAGAUGGAGGAUAGGGUGAGAGUUGAGGAAGGGUUUAUGGUGAAAGGAGGGGAAAAGUUCGACUUUUUCGCGGUGUACGACGGGCACGGCGGGUCCCGGGUGGCGGAGGCGUGUAAAGAGAGGCUGCAUAGAGUGUUGGUGGAGACGGUAACAGAGAAUCAAGAAAGUUUUUAUAAUGAUGAGAUUGUUUGGGAGACAGUGAUGGAGAGUUGUUUUGAGAAAAUGGAUGAGGAGGUGAAUAGAGGGAGGUUAGCAGAAGAGAUGGUGGGGUCGACGGCGGUGGUGGCAGUGGUGGGUAAGGAGGAGUUGGUGGUGGCUAAUUGUGGAGACUCAAGGGCUGUGCUCUAUAGGGGUGGUGCUGUGGUGCCUCUUUCCGUUGAUCACAAGCCUAUGAUGCCUGACAGACCUGAUGAGUUUCAAAGAAUUGAAGCUGCUGGGGGAAGAGUCAUAAACUGGUAUGGACCUCGUAUACUCGGAGUUCUCGCCACUUCAAGAUCCAUUGGUGAUCAAUAUCUGGAGCCAUUCGUGAUCUCGAAACCAGAAGUAACAGUGAGCCACCGAGCUGACAGCGACGAAUUUCUAAUUCUGGCCAGCGAUGGGCUGUGGGAUGUUGUUUCGAAUGAAGUCGCAUGCCAAGUAGUGAGAAGAUGCUUCAUUGGCCACGUCAAAUGGGCGUCAGCCCGCAAUGUCGGCAUGGAAAACCGAGCAACUAGAGCCGCCACAGUGCUGGCGGAUCUCGCCAUGGCUCGCGGCAGCAGUGAUAAUAUAAGUGUCAUAGUUAUUGAACUUAAAAAACCCACGUCCACCUUCGCCUGCAAAUUCAAAUUAUAAUUAUGUCGCUUUAAUCUUUUGAGCUAGCCCGGAGCCGGGUAAUGUUGUUGACGAUAAUGAUGACGGGGAGGAGGACUUGGAUUGAAUGUAGUUCAACCUUAAACUUAUUUCGAUAAAGGCAAUUUCGGCCUCCUGCAUAAUUAGGCCUUCUAAA